UUUGGUCGAAGUUCAAGGUCAAAUUUGUUUAUUUCAAGAAUUUACAAAAAGUAUUUGGUCCUAAUUUUUAUUUAUUAUUUAUGCAUAAUUAAAAUGAAGGAUAUCUGCAGAACUUGUCUUAGUUCUUCCACUAAACUGUUUCCAAUACGAACUGAUGUUACCCUUGUUGAUAAAAUAGAAACCCUCACAUCAGUUCAGAUUUCCCUGGAUAACAGCAACUAUCCUUCUACAAUUUGUGAAUUGUGCAUAGAGAACUUCAACAAAUUCUACUGCUUCAGAGAAGUUGUUGUUAAAGCAGACAAGGACUUGAAGGAUAAAUGCAACAAAACUUUAAAUACUGCUAGAAAAAGAUCGAGAACUAGAAGCCAUUUAGACAAUGAUAAGAAAGCUAAGCUUAGAAAACUAGACAAGAAACCUGUCAACAGAGAAAAAGAUACGAGUGCAAAGCAAAGAGUAGAGUGUGAGGCUACUAUCAAAGAUGAACCAGUCGAAUUUGAUGACACCUGCAGGGAAGAUUCCAGCAGUUUUGAUGAUGACAAAACAGACAUCAAAAAUGAAAUCGAGAAUAUAAGUCUUAAUGAUAAUGACAAAACUAAGAAAUACAGAAAAAAGUUUAAGUUGAGGGAAUGUGAAGAGUGCCACUUAACUUUCGCCUCUUAUACUGACAUGUAUAACCACAAAAGAAAUGUUCACCUAGCUCCAGGUAUUUGCAAUAUUUGUGGUGUAGUGGUUCGUGCAGAUAACUUGAAAAAGCAUGUUCAGUCGCACUCGGAGGAUCCAAUAAAGUGUAAAAUAUGUGACAAAGUUUUGAAAAACUCUGGUUCUUUGCGUGGACAUUUGCUAAUUCACAAAGGUCAAACAUACACCUGUGAAUCCUGCGGAAGGUGUUUUAAAGUGAAGUCGGAGUAUCACCGGCACUUGAAAAAGCACGAAGAUCCCAAUGCACGUAAGGUAAUGUGCACAUUAUGUGGCAAACGAGUCCGUGAGCUGAAACGUCACCUAUUAACUCAUACUGGAGAGAGACCUCACAAGUGUUCGACAUGCAAUAAGGGUUUCACCUCAACUAACGCUCUCAAAGUUCAUAGGAGACAACACACUAAUGAGAAACCUUUCAUUUGUGAAUAUUGCAGCAUGGGAUUCCAUCAAAAAGUGUCCUUGAUGACGCACCUUAAGUCGAAACAUAGUAUUGAGAAUGAUUGACAUAUUUUAUUGUGUUAUGUUUGUUGAAUUUUAUAUUUGAAGGUUUUAUUUAAUAAACGAUGUUUCAACAAGUUUAUGAA